UCCUUUCGUUCCCUCUGCUCCAUCUCAGCCUGAGGCACCCAACGCCCCCCGGGCCCCCGCACCACUCCAGGCUCCACCUUAAUUAAUAGUUGUUAGUAUACACCUAAGCUACCACUUCCACCCAUUCAUUCUAUACCAACUCUUGACCUCACUCCUACCCUCUCAAGCAUCAUGACCACAAGCACAAAGCGGAAGCGCCCAGCACUGUCGGUAGAGAAAGAGGACAGUCCCCCCGAAUCUGCAAAGCGACCUUGUCUCUCGCCCACUCCCAUCUGCGGCCAACUCACCGAGCAGAAUAAACGGCUGCUGGAUCGCAUGUCGGCGCGUUCUGAGGGCAGUGGUAGUAGUAGUAGUAGUAGUAGUCGUAGAGAGACCGAGUCUGCUACUAUCGACUCCACAUCCAUAUCGACAUCCACCUCCACCUCCACAUACCGCUACCUAUCUCUUAGGGACUGUCAAAUUCGACUUCACCAAUCUCCUCCUGAUCGUGUGAGAGAGGCCGUCAAUGCAAUCAUACACCAAGCACUACCAGAGCAUCGGAAACAUAUCGUGUCGCGAGUCGCCGGCGCAUUCACGGCCAAGUGCACCACUCUAUCGCGUUCGUCGGUACGAGAGGCUGACUUCGUGAGUCCUUUGGCGAUUGCUAUCGAGGACCUGAAACCCGACUCCAUCUGUACGCGUCAGAAUGCAGACUGGCCGGAAGACCUGAAGCCUACAUCGUCAACCUUUGACUUCUUUCCACUCGAUGCUAUCACGACGGAGGAUAUUGUAGACUCGCUCUCGAAACGACAACGCAUCGAUUCUUCUGCAGAAGGACAAUACGCAACGCCCACAGACUCUCCUCUCAAAACCCCACGACCAGACAUAUCCAUAGGCCUGCAAAGAGAGGCCGUGCAACACUCCCUCGUCGGUCAAGGCGUGAGCACGCUCAAGGCCGAGAGCUUUCUCACCGUGCUGCAAAUGAAGCCAAAGAUCCCAAAGAGACCCGACACCUGCAAAGGCAAGCCCAUUCUAGCCUGUGCACUCACAGACACCUCCGAUCUCGUCUUCCCCUUUGCCGUCGUCGAGGGCAAGGCCUACACCACAGGGUCCCACAUCGCCGACGCCGAGAACCAGGCUGCCGUUGCUGGUGCCUGUGCGCUGAAUCUUCAAGUCCGGCUGGAGGAACUGGCUGCGCGACGUACGAGUACAGCGUCCUCUUCCUCUUCGGGGCAAAGUGGUGAAGCUACCACCACCACCACCACCACCACCACCACCACCACCACCACCACCACAUCCCCUUCCGCCUCUCUCGCUGCUCCUCAACCCCCUCCAACCCCCUUAUUCUUCUCCAUCUGUACCGAGGGCCCACUACACGAGCUCUGGGCACACUGGUCACUGGUCGAAGACGAGUGCAGAACAUACAACAUGUGGCUGCUUGAUGUCGUUAGCGCGACACAGCCCGAGCGGACAGAGCAUUUCCUGUCUCUGCUGCACAACGUUCUUCAAUGGGGCGGAGGCCGUUUCAUGGACGACAUUAAGAAAAAGCUGGCGCGAGUCAUGUCGCAGUUUAUGGAGCGACGACCAGCGCCGCCGGUCGACUACUCGGUGACGAAGACUCUUGCAUAACUAUAACUGAAUAUAUCCAUGGAAUUCUUGUUAUUUUUUUUUGUUUUUCAAUAUUUCUUUUUUUCGGAUUUUCUUUUUUUUUUGGGGGGGGGGGGAAUUC